CUGUGUUAGGUCAGUUUCGUUUCUUCGAUCGUGAGGCGUCUGCUGUAAAAAACGCUUUAAAUAUGGGCGCAUCUAAUGACAAACCUCUGAAAUGUCCUCUGUGUUAUGAGGAGUGUCGGGAGCAGGUGACGCUGACCUGCACUCACAGCUUCUGUCGGGUUUGUAUCAGAGAGUUGUGGAGCGGAUCUCAGACCGGACCGUAUUACUGCCCUGAGUGUAGGUACGAGUACCAGCAUCUGCCGGACUAUACCGACGGAGCGUCAACAUCUGCAGCCACACCAGACACACAUUGGCCAUUCGGAAAGAAGCUGUACAGCCGGCACUCAAAGAAAUGGCACGGGAAGAGGAAGUUCAGUUCAGCUUUCCACAGCAGUGGACACAGACUGGGCUCAGCUCCAUCUAAUAACACCGUCAGUGACUAUGACGUAAUCAGAAUCAUUGACUCUGAUGAAGACACAUCAAUACCACGGAAAAGAAAGGCCACAGCAGACGAAUGCUCUUCUGGAAGCCAGUCUCCAUCAAUGGUUUGGGGGACCACCUCUACGAAUGAGACAUCCUCACAACACACGCCUCCAGACACAGAUGAGAUGCCAUCUGCUCAUGUAGAAUCAUCUCCUGAGAGGAACACAAGUUCCCCUCAGCAAGACCAGCAUCCUGUGGCUUCCUGCAGUGACACCGGCUCACCCAGGACGAGCAACACACCUCAGGGAGAGAAAACCCCCUCACCAGCAGUCAGUGCCACCUCUCAUACACCUGGAAGGCAGGAAACAGAUUUUAACAGUGGAGAGCCCCUCGUUAUCUCAGCAGCAUCAUCGUCAGGCAGACUUUUCAGGAGCAGUUCUGUGCCUUGCCAUUACUGUCCCAGUUCAGAACAGAAGGUGGCGGUAAAGACCUGCCUGGUUUGUGGGGCCUCCAUGUGCUCCGAGCACCUGCGGGCACACCUGGAAAAGCCGGUUUUCCAGAACCACCCGCUGGUGAACGCUGUGGAGGAUGUGUCUCUCUGGAGAUGCCAGGAGCACCAGGAGAUGAACCGGAUCUACUGUCGCUCAUGUGCAGUGUGUGUUUGUACUGUGUGCUCCUUGGUUGGUUCACACAAGGGACACGAGUGCAUCAGCAUUCGCGAGGCAGAGCAGGAGCUCAGGGGUUCACUGAAGGAUGAGAUGAAAAAAAUAAAAAAAACUGAAAAGUCCAUUCAGGAAAAACUCUCUGAGCUCAGUGAUAAAAAACGUGGUGUCCAGGAAGGGCUGGAGGACGUGCGGGCGGCCGUAUUGCAGCAGUAUCAGGCCAUGCGGGUAGCUCUGGAGCAAGAGGAGGAGCAGGCUUUACUCUGUGUGACCCAGGAAGAGGACAGAGUGCUGGGAAGCACUGAAAAGCAGCUGCAAACAUUACAGGGUGCCUUGAUAUCUAGCCAGAGUAUAUUAAACACCCUGCAGGGAAUGACCAAUGCUGAAGGGGCGUCUAAGUACCAGGAUCAGGCCUUCAUCAUGGAAUACAGCAAGAUGGCAGGACAACUGGCUGAAUUGUCUGAUCCUGUACAAAAUCUUGAGACACCCGAAGAGAUAAACCAUAACCGGCUGGACUGUCUUAAUGAUUGGACUGAGAGGAGACUGGAGACUGUGCUCCUAUCACUGCCUCAUCGAGACCCUUUCAGACUGCUGUAUGGGAUAAGCCCAACUCUAGAUCCUGAUACUGUCCAUCCGAAGCUGGUGCUGUCAGAUGAGAACAGGACGGUGCAGUACAGUGAGACCCAGCAGGACUACCCCGAGCAGGAGUCACGCUUCAACAUUUUUCCUCAGGUGUUGGGCUCUCAUGCCAUAGACGGAGGCUGCUGCUACUGGGAAGUUGAGGUCUCUCUGGAUGAGGGCCGCUGGAAGGUGGGCGUCUGUGAUGGACAGAUAGGCAGAAAGGGACAAAAGGACAUCUGCCGUAUUGGUUUCUACCCUAAUUCUUGGUGUUUAAUUUAUGAGAAGGGAAAGGUGGAAGCCCUACACGAUAAGGUAGCUUCACCUGUGUGUUCUGCAGAACUCCGGAAGGUCGGGGUGCUGCUGAAUUUUAACGAGGGUCGUUUGUCUUUUUAUAGCGUGGCCAGGGAGGGAUCUCUUUCUUUGCUCUACAGUUUUGAGCAUACGUUCACUGAGCCACUGUAUCCGGCACUGGCGGUUUCUAAAACGCAGCUCAGCAUCUGUGAUAUAUUUACCAAGACCGCUACAGACUAGACUAUGUUUGUGCUUUUAUGAAAGGCUUUAUUAUCAUGUUAAAGGAAUACUUUUUUUUUUUACUUAGGCUAUCCAAGAUGGAUGUGACUUUCUUUCUCCAAUAUAACAGUAGCAGAUUUUUAGCUGUGCCCAUCAUCCUUUGUGAUUUAUAAAAUGAAAAACACAAAAUUAACCCAUGCGGCUCCUGAUGAUAUAUUGAGGGUCUGUGCAAGAAACUGAACAUUAUUUACAUUUUUUCCUUAGCCUCAGACAAAUGUGCGAAUGUGAAAUUACGCCAUUGUGGUUUACAACAGGAUCAAAAGAAAAUACCAUUUCGAACAAUACAAGCAUGCAAACAUCAAAUGAGAGAAAGAGUGAGAAUGCGGGACCAUUUAUCUGAGGCUAUGAAUCACAGGUAAUAAUGUUUAGUUUCUUGCACAGACUAAUCGUUUCACUUCAUAAGACCUCAAAAUAUCAUCAGGAGCCACUGGGAUUCAUUUUGUGUUUUUGUAGUGAUUUCUUUCCUCUCAAAGUGACUUGUAUGAAUCACCAAAGACCAUGGGUUUAGCUAGAAAUCAUCUUUAAUGUUCUACUGAAGAAAAAAGUCACCUAUAUCUUGGAUGGCCUGAGGGUGAGUAAAUAAACAGCAUUUUUUAUUUACUAUUGAACUAUUCCUUUAAGCAAUACAAAUCAUUUUUACAGUCCACAAAACAUAAUUUCCAAGUCGCAACUGCUGAACCCGAGUGUAAGAGGUUUUGAAAACAAUGGCCUAUUUUUUUUCUGAAUGAUUGAUGAUGAUGAUGAUGAUGGUGGUGGUAUUUGCUGGUUUUUAAUGGGUAGGAUUUACAUAUCUGACCUUUUAAAACUCUAUUUCCAUUCCAAAUAUGUUUUAUAUAUCCAUUUAUAUGUCAAUUGGAAAUGGUGUUUUAUCAAAACAAUCUUGCACAGCAUUUUUACUUUUUUCAGCCAUUUCUUGAACUUCUUUUUAUGUUUUUGCUACGAGUAAUUUUAUCACUUGAGAUAAAUAAUUUGUAUUUUUAUAUCGAGUAAAAUAUAAAAUUGCACUAUAUUUACAUGCACACAUAGAAAUCAAAUGAAGGCAAAAUCAAAUGUAAAAAAAUAUCUGAAGACAACAACUAUUCAACAUUCCAAAUGAAACUCAGAGAUUUAGUCUUAUUUCAUAAAUGUAAUAAUAAACACUUUCCAACAUGGAACAUGUUU